AUGGCGGACGCAAACACGAAAGGGCGUCUGGGACCUAAAAGUUACCUUAGAGAAAGUGCCAGAAAGGAGUCAGACAGACAAGAGGACAGGGUCGACACAAAAUCCAAAAUGGUCAAUUUCCAUGAUGCCAUCUCUGGAAACGAGAUGCAAAGACCACCAUGGGAACAGUGCAGGAUAUCGCACGGUGACCAAAAUGCCAAGGAUCAAAUGGAGUCUCGGACCAAACUGAGAACACUGUGCGAAACGAGAUGGUCAAGUCGUGCUGACGCCUUACAUACGUUCAAGGCUGCAUUCACUGUUAUUGUUAGUAGCUUCGAGGCGUUUAAGAACGCAGGUGGAAGAUUGGCAGCGAUUUUGAGGUUUGAGUAUAUCAUUGGGCUGGUCGUUACUGAACACAUCCUCUGCGGAACUGUUGCGCUUUCCAACCAUCUACAGUCAAUAGACUACGACCUCAUAGAAGCCGCUACUGAAAUCAGGACUGUUAUAAGUACGCUCAGGAAUGAACGAGCGGAUGAUGAUGUUUGGAAUGAGCUGUUUGACCAGGCUAUCAGCAUAGCUGCAGACUACGGUAUUCAACCUUGCGUUCCGAGACAAACUGGACUACAGCAGCAACGUGCAAACUAUCAGAUACCCGACUCAAGGCAAUAUUGGAAAGUUAGUCUGUACUUCGUUUAUCUUGACCACUUGAUUUCAGAGCUGAAGACACGGCUAUUGGUAAGCGAAGGUAGAUUCAAAGCAGAGGCGCUCUUUCCACGUAAUCUUCAGCAACUCACUGACGAUGUCGUCAACUCAGUGUUUGGUGCAUUUGAAGUAGAUCUGUCCGACAAGAUCUGUUACUGGACGGAAAUUCGGCGAUGGAGAACCAGAUGUGAAGCCAUUCCGCUAAAGGACCGACCAAGAGGUCUCUGCGGAAUACUGGAUCGGACAAGUCGAGAUCUAUACCCAAACAUAAGAAAUAUCUUGAGUAUGCUUCUCUCCAUGCCGACCUCGACUGCAUCAGCCGAACGAUCUUUCAGCUCGAUGAGACGAAUCAAGACCUACCUCCGGACAACAAUGACGACGAAACGGCUGUCUGCUCUUGCUGUCCUCCAUAAUCAUCGGGACUCUCAGAUUGACAUAGAUUCUGUCAUUGAUCAGUUCGCAGCAGCAAAGUCAAGAAAGUUGCAAUUUGUUUAA